AUGACCGCCGCUCAUAAGCUCACAUACGGUCAGCGCGCUGCAAGGUUCACCAAUCCCGCGGCGAAAGCCCUGCUGGAAACCAUGGAGCGCAAGAAGAGCAAUCUAUCCGUCAGCGUCGACGUCGUAAAAUCCGCCGAUCUGCUCGCUAUUGUCGAUACCGUCGGGCCCUAUAUCUGUCUGAUAAAGACCCAUGUGGAUGUUGUCGAAGACUUCGACUCGUCGCUCGUCACCAAGCUUCAGGCUCUGGCCGAGAAGCAUGAUUUCCUCAUCUUUGAGGACAGAAAAUUCGCCGACAUAGGCAACACCGUCGCUCUGCAGUACUCUAGUGGCGUGCACAAAAUUGCCAGCUGGUCGCACAUCACGAACGCACACCCUGUUCCAGGACCGUCAAUCAUCAGUGGCCUCGCAUCGGUAGGACAACCCCUCGGUCGCGGACUCCUCCUGCUCGCAGAGAUGAGCACGAAGGGCUCACUUGCGACAGGCGCGUACACUGAAGCCGCCGUCCAGAUGGCAAGGGAGAACCGCGGCUUCGUCAUCGGGUUCAUCGCCCAACGGCGGAUGGAUGGUAUUGGCGCGCCUCCAGGGGUGAAUGUCGAGGACGAGGAUUUUCUUGUCUUGACACCAGGUGUCGGACUCGAUGUGAAGGGCGAUGGGAUGGGGCAGCAAUACAGGACGCCGAAGCAAGUGGUACAGGAAGAUGGGUGCGAUGUAAUCAUCGUGGGUCGCGGGAUUUAUGGCAAGGACCCAUCGAAGGUGGAAGAGAUACGGAGGCAGGCAGAGCGUUACCAGGCUGCAGGAUGGGCGGCGUACAUUGAGAGGGUCAACGCCUUGGUAUAGCUAAUCUGAUCGGUGUUGUCUUGUUAAGCGUCAGGCUCAAUGGAACGCUUUGGACGAGCGGAGAGUAACUUGAAUUAGCAGUGUAUACUUCGGGCAAAUCAAUCGUGAUAAAUACAA